UGAAAAAGUUCGAGAAUUAAGUGAGGUAAAUGUAUGUUAGUGAUCAUUUUUGUGCUAUUUUUGAAAGCUUAUUUGGUGAAUAAUAUCAAUGAUUUUUUUUUCAUCUUUAACUUUAAUCUCUAAACAUUUUCUUUUGCCUUGCAAAUAUGUUUGUUAAAGGUGCUUUUUCUAUUAUUUCUAAUUACACUGCAAUCGUUCGCAAAACUGUGUUUCGUCCAAACUUAUUUCCCUCAAACUUUGAAAACUGCUUGAUUCCCUCUGUGGAACAAGUAAGAUAUGCUGCUAGAAAAGGUACGAGAGCUGCUAAGUUAGCCGCGAAGAAAGCGAGAAAACUUCAAGAUGCUAAUAAACCCGCACCAAUUCCUAAAUAUCUUCAAAGAAAAGUUAAAGUUAAUGCGGCACUUGAAAAGAAGAGAUGUACCGACGAAAACUGGCUGGAAACACAACCAGUAGAUGACGUAUACAAUAUGAAAUUAUACCGUGGUAAGCCCUAUUCUGUCGCUGAGGCCAUCGAAAUACACAGAGGCACUCAUAUUCCUUCUAUUUUGAAUGACCCUUCUGCUAUGAUUUAUGCAAGUAUUGAACUGGAAUUGAAACUGAAGAAAAAGGACAGAUUUAUGGAUGAAUUCAGUGGUAUUAUCACUUUUCCCCACGAAUUUGUCACUGGAAAACAGAAUCGUAUUAUUGUUAUUUGUAAAGAGUCUGAGGAUCAAGUUAAAGCAACAGAUGCUGGUGCUUUAUAUGCUGGAUCUACUACUUUGAUUAAGCAAAUUUUGUCUGGAUCCAUAGCGUCGGAUGAUUACGAUUACUUAAUUUGCCAUCCUGACAUGUUUAAAGAGGUACAUGCCUUGAGAGGCAUGUUGAAAAGAAAGUUUCCAAGUGCUAACAAUGGACUACUGAGGUUAGAUCUGGAAAAAGGAGUUAAAAACUUCAUGCAUGGAGUUGAAUAUAACUUAACGCGGAGUGCUGUUGAACCGGAUUUUGGAUGGGUGGAUGUGUGCUUUGGCCGCUUGGACAUGCCUAUUGAAAAAUUAGAAGAAAAUCUGAAAUUUGCUUUAAACACAAUUGAAAAGCAUAAACCAGUUGGAACUGCACAUUUGCUUUUUAUACUACGUACAUUAUUGUUUUGUGAGAAAUCGAGAGACAGACUAAAAAUUCCUCAUUGGAAGUAUUUAUCACAUUAUCCAGAAAAUGGUAUUCUUCUUGAAGUAGAUAGUGAUGAUGAAGAAUUAGGGGUGAACUAAUAAAAUUUUAAUCGAUGAUUUUAGCAUUGUUGUUGCACUAUAGACCUUUGAAAGAGUGUUUCUCAGCAUAAAAUCCCAAAACCGCCUGACUCGAAUCUGAUUUGAGUUUUAUAGUUUUAUUUUUCAUCUGUUUUUUUUUUCCUGAACUUGAUCAUAAACUGGUGGAAAUGUUUCUGGUGAUAAUGUAAACGAAUAUUAAGAUAAAUAAAAUCAUC